UCCCUGAGGCCCUGAAAUGAUUGGGUAUUAAAAAUGAUGGUUUGGGUAACUGCAGUUGCCCUUAAUUUGGAAAAGACGGAAGAGGGGACGUUGCUGCGUGUUGACGCAAUAGUGGGAAUUCUACGUCUGGUCGGUGUUUCCCAUUCUCCCCGCCCAUCCAGCGUUGACAGCGAUGGGUAGGAAGCGGUGUGUCGGUGCGGAUUGUUCAAAGAUGGCGGCCGGGUGCUGCGGGGUGAAGAAACAGAAGCUGUCGGGGUCCCCCGGGUCAGGGGGCCCUGGCGGGGCGGGGAGUGGGGUAGUAGGGACAGGACAUUGCGGAUCGGACUUGGGGAUUGGUUCUCCCUCGACUGUAGCGGCAGGGAGUGUGAAUCGGGUGAAUGGCCUUGGGGGUCCGGGGGGUAGCAGUAGCAACAACACCAACUCGCUGUCCCCAACUCCGGGAGGCUACAACUCAGCUGCACUCUCUUCGAACCACAGCCCCGGACCAGGCUCGUGUAGCGGGGGCAGGAAGAUGGUCGUUUCGGCGGAGAUGUGCUGCUUUUGUUUCGACGUACUUUAUUGCCAUCUGUACGGAUACCAGCCCCCACGACAACCUAGGUUUACAAACGAUCCUUACCCGCUGUUCGUCACGUGGAAGAUAGGACGUGACAAGCGGCUAAGGGGGUGUAUAGGUACAUUUUCAGCCAUGAACCUCCAUUCAGGACUCAGGGAAUACACCAUUACCAGUGCUCUUAAAGACAGCCGCUUUCCCCCCAUGACCAGAGAUGAGCUGCCCAGGCUGUUCUGCUCUGUGUCUCUGCUCACCAACUUCGAGGAUGUUGGUGAUUACCUAGACUGGGAGGUGGGUGUGCAUGGCAUUAGGAUAGAAUUUUUCAAUGAAAAAGGCUCUAAGCGCACAGCCACCUACCUUCCAGAAGUUGCCAAGGAGCAAGGAUGGGACCAUAUUCAGACCAUAGAUUCCUUACUACGAAAGGGAGGCUACAAAGCUCCCAUCUCAAAUGACUUCAGGAAGACCAUUAAGUUGACCAGGUAUCGCAGUGAAAAAGUGACGAUGAGCUACGCGGAUUACAUCGCCCAUCGCCAGCAUCAUCACUACCAGAACGGCAUCGGGCACCCUCUCCCACCCUACAACCAUUAUUCCUGACACCGAGCCGCAUGACCAGUCACUGGACCUCUCUGCCGACCUCUUCCCAGGAGAGCCUGCCCCUUCCUGGUCUAGCUACAUCUACUACUGUACCAUUUUAUGAUGAUUGCUUCCGUUGCCAUGCCAGCGUUCUCUUGGUUGGCAUGGCAGCGGGCAGCAAUGCCAUCGUUGAUGUUUUCCUUUUUUCUCGUGUUGUUACUGAGAUUUUGCAGCACAUAUGGUCCACAUAAUGGUUUCCCCAUUUAUUUUAAUAAACACGUACUAGAUAUUUUUCAUUUGUUUAUUUUAUUAUUAUUUCAAAAAUCCCAAUCAGGUUAAUCAAGUCUGUGGAUGGAAGGGAAGUUAGAUAUAAGACCGGGUAAGUCUUAUGUAGAGGUCUUACCUUUGUGCAUUGCAGUUUAACUGUGUGCGAAAGCUAGCUCGUUUCUGUCCGUUUCUUGUGUUUAUUCUUUCAAAGCUUGACCACGUUCUGUAUGUAGGUCUGUAGGCGGGGCACGAGGUAGUUCUGUUCAUUUCCUCUGUAGAAGGGCUGCUGGGAAUGUAGUAUUUUGUAGUGUUGUGAGCUCCUGAUGGCAGUUCCUGUGUAGCUGUAGCUUGUUAGGAUCGUGGUGGUGUAUGGUUUCGACUCCCAGCAGUCAGGUCUAUUUGGAAGAUAAUCCAUAAUAAUGGAAAAUGUGAAAAACAAUAUUUCACGUUUUGAGAAAAUUAUCUGCAAGUCUGGGAGAGGAAAAAAAAAAAAACAAUUAUGCAAUUUAUUCCCCCCCAUGUCAUACAGAACUAAUUUCAAUAAUAGUAGUCUUGAAAUCUUAGAUAGUGGUCAAGCUUGUCGUUGGGUCGGUGUGAAAUGCCGUUCUAUGCAUCUUUGAAACAUUUGGAGCUAGCGAAGCGUGAAAAGGCAGUGCACUCUCCGUCUCCGUGUGCCCGGGCGCGGAGCACAGUCUGUUACCAGCUGAUGGCUUUCUCGGAAGACGCAAUCACUGUGCCGCCUGAUAAGGGGUCUGCUCCUUCACUCGCUCUGCACAGGGACGAGCUUAAAUGUACUUAAAAGCCAUAUUAUUGAAAACACGCUUGUUGCCGGUGGAUGUUUGUCCGAUUCAGAGUGUCCCUGAUUUAGAAACCGGACUGUCUGUUUACUCCUUUCGUCUUGGGGUAGACGUUUCGUUUUGCGACGAUGUUGGUGGGCUGUUGCCUCAGCCUCAGUUUUGGAAUAAGUUUUGGUUGAGGUGUCUUGUGAAAUUCUGUCAUUUUCACACUAAUCUGUAUUCACGCUUCAUCUGUUCAGAUUAGUUGGUUGCAGAGCGUGUUAUUCUAACACGCAGUUCUUGGUUCUUGGCUAAUGCAGCCCCUCUGUGCUAUGGUUUAUGGUGGUGUGUGUGUGUGUGUGUAUGUUGAUAGACUUAGGUGCACCUGAAAAUAAGAACGUACAGCCAUUUGGCAGAAUCCAAAAUCUCUGCUUUAUUUGUUGAUGAACCGAUUUUCAAUUUGAACUAUUUGGUCAAUUUUUGACCUUUUUUAAUCUUGUUACCAGAAAACAGUAGGUCGUGUAGCUCAAAAACCUUUGGGUGUGUCACAUUUUAAUCACAUAAAAAUGAAAUAAAGUUUUUCUUCUUGAGAGUUUGUGCCACGCUUAAGCCAUGUCUGUUUGCACUCAGUUCUGAGUUCAGAAGUCAUUGAAAUCGCUAUCUUUCUACGACAGAAUAUCCAUCCCUGUCUGUACGAAUGACUUGUUUCUUUUCUGGUUUUUUAAGGGCUUUUUGUAAUUCCAUCCACAGAAACCUUGCAUUUUUACAAAAUAUCAACAAAAAAAAGAAACCAUUUCAAUUGUGUUGCCUUAAUGAUUUAAUGAAAAGGACCAGGAAAUGAAUGUCUGGGUGCUCAUAUCCCCCCCCCCCACCCCCACUCACACAGAGGGGACAAAGUGGUGCAGCUGGCCCUUGCCGUCUUUCAUUCUCGUAAGCUAUCUGCUAAAGCUCUUGUGGGGGUUCAGCUCUCUUGCAGAUUAACGGCAUUUCUUUGCUUGUUCCUUAGCAAGCAGCGGUAGCUAAUAGCCCAACCCAUGUCUGCUUGGCUUCAAGGGUUGACUCAGACUCUUGUAGAUCAGUGCUGGUCUAGCCAGUAUUUAAUCUGGAUCUGUCCAGCUGUGCUGUGUGCAUUUUAAAUAUUGAGUUUCCCCACCUACUCAGUAUAGUUUGACACAAGCCCUUGUAAUUAAUAGCUCUCCGUUAUAUUUGGCUUUCAGGAAUAAAAGCGGGACUUCAUAUCCUUGCAGAAGCAGUGUCAGGUACCUCUACAGCAGUAGGUUAAGAACUUCUGGUGAAAUUACCUGUUUGAAUGAGGCAUGCUCAAACUCAACCUUUUCUCCUUUCUCCUUUCUGUGAAGGUAUACCCCGAGCACGCAGGCAACAUUUCCUGGUCCAUUCUUAAAAUAGAGCACAAACCGAGUAUUUUCUGCUGCAAAACCAAGUCUUAUCAGAUUGUUCAACACAUAUACCACAGUACGUACCUGGUAUGCACAUAUGCAAGAGAUGAAUGGCAUAUGUGUCCACAUCCACAUGUGUACAAGUCCUAUUGUUUCCUUGGCAUGUUUGUUCUACUAAUAGAGAUUAUAGAAAUUUGACAUUCUUUAAAAAAAAAAAAAAAAAAAUGGUGCUAAUGCAGCGGACCUCAUGUCGCGGAGGUCAUGUGACUGGUCAUGCGGACUCAUUAAUCAUAUCUUAUCCUUGAUAUAUGCAGAUCUGUUUUACAGGUGUUUCUUAACCAGUGUGUCAUCGAAAUCGGGUCCUGCAGGUUUGAAAGGACGAGGACGGCGAACCCCCCUCCUCCCCCUCCCCCGCGCCCGUGGCUUGGCGGAUAACAGCACAGCUUUCAGGCAGUCUGCAGCAAGGCAGACAUUCGUGUUGAAAGCACAUUCAUUCUGGACUAGGAGCAUCAGAGAGAGCAGGAGAGUAGCAGUCUUUACCCCCCCCCCCCCCAAAUCCUGGGAUCAAUUUCUCCUGUUUAAGAAAGAAAUGGAUGGGUUCUCACUUUUACUGGCCAAUCCCAGCACUUCAUUUUCUGAAAAAUCACUUUCACUGUCCAGGGGUUUUUGGCGGGCAGUCGGGCGUUCGUAGCUUAAAUGAGCUCAGCCGCGCACCUCCUGCGUUUCGUGCUGUAGGUGAUGUAGGUGUGGGCUGCAGACGCUGAGGCCGAAGACAGAGCUCUAGAUCUGACUCCAGGGCCCUGACAGACAGCCCACGGCUCCCCCCAGGGCUUCAGUGUUGAGCGUUGCAAUUACCGUGCGUGGGUUGGGUUGCCAUCACCCAGUAUUUUAGGUCAUGUUAAAAAAUAUGAAUACUGAUGUUGGGUUAGCGCUUUGGGUUAAGCUCUUCUGAGCACUGAAUUUGGCUUUGGUCUACCCCAUUUUACUGUGCUUUGUACAAGUGGGACUGUUAACACUGCCCUCCACCCCUUACCUCCCCUCCCCCACAGACACACACAAAUGAAGUCCUCAAAUGUUUGAGCUGUAGACCUAUAGUAACUUCUAAAGCAGGGAGAGGGAUUUUCUUAAGCCAUAAAACUAUGAAGCCAAGUAUGAUGUCAGCAGACUCCUGUUUGUCAUUUCCUUCUAGAUCCCUGUCUCUUCAGAACUAAAGUUAUUGGUCCUCUCAAACUUUGGGCAUCGAAUUCUAGUUUAUCUCUAAACCUUCUCAAUUCUACAGUUACUGUUUGCACAGUAAAUGGUAAAGGCAGACGUUCUGUGACGUACAAAGUCUGCAGAUGUUUUAAGUGGCUCACAUUGCUCAGCACCCCCCCCCCCCUUUAGCCAUAUUGUUAAAUCACUAUGUCCUCAGUACGGUUUUAUGAGCUACACUGGAAAGAUUAUUGCAGUUGUCUUGAGGACCCAAACACAUAUUUUAGUAGGAACUGGCAAACCAAAACAAAGUGCUAAUGCCUGGGUGGAUACGGCAUAUUAAAGAGCCAGAUGCUGCUAAAAUACGCUCCGCUCCACAUAUGCUAGCAAUUGAUGGAGGGGGAAUGGCUGUUUGGGUUUGGUUUCCUGUGUAAAGCCAGCCCCACUUAUCUCAGUUAUGCCCCGUAUGUGUUACAGUCCCUAGGUUGUCUUGCCUCCAUCAUGCACGAGAAUCGUAAUUUUGUGCAGAUGUUUCGCACGAAACAUUUGGACAGCUUUGUUUCCACGGGAGUAGCUGUCAGUCAGUAGUCGAUACCGCGCGUCCGGCCAGACGAGGUGUAGCCUACUGCCCACAGGAAGUUUCAGGCCACGCCUUUUCCUUACAGAUGCAAUACGAAUCGAAUGCAGGAGGACCAGUGCGCGAGACGGAUUCUUGUUUGGAUUCUAGUCCGAGCACGCGGUGUCGUGAGUUUGCUCCUGACCAGUCUGUCUGGAAUGAAUAGCGUGAUUACCUUCGUUUGAACGAUCCAAAGAUGCCUCAAGCCAUGUCCAAAUGCUGCUCUUUAAAACCCGUCCUCCUUCGUCCUUCCAAACACAACCUGCAGGACCAACCUGAAGUUUCUUUGUGUCAGUUUUUUUUUUUUUUAAAUGCUUUUUUAAUUUUUUUUUUUUUAAUCAACUGUUUAAUGAAUUUUCAUUAUUGCAGUUUGAGAACUCUUACUCUUAUGGGGUCAGACAGUACUUGAGCUGUUUUGACGUUUUGUUUUUUCUUAUUGUUUCUUUUUUUAAGGAAGCCCCAUAGCGUGCCUCUUUCGUUUAAUGGGUUUCUUAAUGUUUUGAGUUUUUUUAUUUUCCUAAAAACCAGCAGUGGUCUUAUACUUCGUAUAAGAAAAUGUGUUUAUCCUUGUUUUUUUAUUUUUAUUAUUAUCCUUUAAUACAAUCCUCUUUUUUCUUUACUCUGGAUCCAGUAGCUGCGCUGGUGUACAAUCGCACUGAUAGUUAUACAAGACGACAAUAAUAAUUACAGUGAUAAAAUAAUAAAAAAUGAUGUAACUACAAUAAACUUUAGAACUUUUAUAAGAAAAAAAAAUACGGUUUUGUAUAUCAAAGUUAUAUAUUUUGGAUCUAGUUUCUGUAUUAUUUUAGAGGUUUUUCUACGUUCAGUAACUCCCAUAAGUGAUUUUGAAUGUGUCACCGGCUGAUCGAUCUAGCACUGGUGACAUGAUGGGCGGGGGGGCUGCCUGGUGUCGCCCUCAAUGCAUGCCCACCUUUUUAUUUUUAUUUUCAGUCCCAUCAAGAUGUCAGUAGUGACAGAUUACCUGGAACAAGGCCUCUCUUCUUCAACUAGAUCCUCCUUCCUUCAAAACGUAAUUGCUUUUAGUGUGAUGGGACUCAAACUGGACAUUUUUACGACUGUAUAACUCUGGAUUAAAAAAAAAUAAAUGUGGGGGGAAAGAGAUUCCUUCCAUGUCCUCUUCAAAGAUGGGUUAUCAGUUCGUAUGUGAGCAGCAAUGGCAAUUAUAUUGUACUUUUAAACACUAUUGUUAUUUCCUUUCAAAUCAUUUAUCCAAUAAAUUCAACAAAAAACUG